AUGUCCUGGUUCCACGGGAAGAUCACCCGUGAGCAGGCGGAGCGACUGCUCUACCCCCCGGAGACGGGCCUGUUCCUGGUGAGAGAGAGCACCAACUACCCCGGAGACUACACCCUGUGUGUCAGCUGCGAUGGGAAGGUGGAGCAUUAUCGCAUCAUCUACCACAACGGGAAGCUCACCAUCGACGAGGAGGAGUACUUCGAGAACCUCAUGCAGCUGGUGGAGCAUGUGAAGGACACUGUUUGA